CACUCCCUGUCCUUUCUUGCUACCUUCCCCCAUUGUUCCUUCAAAUCCGUCCUUGAUUUCCUUCAUUUCUUUCAAGUAUCUAGAAAACGUCUCCCUACCUAUACUACUCGGAAGCAUGGCAGUAGAGAGGGAGAGGAAAAGUGGAAUUCGAGCAGUGACGUGAUUUUAUGCAGCAGGAAAAAGGAGGAGGAGGGGAGAGGAGGACAGAGGAGGAGGAAAAGCGGACGGCUGGACUCCAUUAAGACGAAGCCUGCUGGAAAAGUGCUUGGGAAUACUCCACUUCUAGGGCGACUACUCGGGAAUUUUCUCCUUUUUUUGACCGUACCCUCCUCCCUAAAACCCAUCCUGCAUGUUAUAAAGAAGGACAAAACACUUUUAUAUCCUUUCGUCGAGGGUUUGCGUGUCUUUUUUGUGAAGGAAUGGCGCUGGAUGGGAUCCGGAUGCCUGAUGGCUGCUACGCCGACGGGACGUGGGAGCUGAAGAUGCAUGUUACUGACCUCCACCGGGACGUGUCGCUGAGGGUCACAGGCGAGAUCCACAUAGGUGGCGUCAUGCUCAAGUUGGUGGAAAAAUUAGAUGUGAAAAAGGACUGGUCAGACCACGCGCUGUGGUGGGAGAAGAAGAAGACGUGGCUACUGAAGACCCACUGGACUCUGGAUAAGUAUGGCAUCCAGGCCGAUGCCAGACUGCUCUUCACACCACAGCACAAGCUUCUGCGCCUGCAGCUGCCCAACAUGAAGCACAUGAAAGUCAAGGUCAACUUCUCCGACAGAGUCUUCAAAGCAGUCUCUGAUAUCUGCAAGACGUUCAAUAUCCGUCAUCCAGAAGAGUUAUCUCUACUGCGUAAACCGCGUGAUCCCAAAAAGAAGAAGAAAAAGUUGGAGGAGGCCGAGGAGGAUGAUUUGGAGAUAGAGGGUCCACUGUUAACUCCUGGAUCUGCCUCUGAAAUAAUAUACAUCGGACCUGUCAAAGGAAGCAUUUAUUCCAGCCCGGGCUUGUACAGCAAAACCAUGACACCCACGUACGACUCACGAGAUGGCAGCCCGCUGUCACCCACUUCCGCCUGGUUCGGCGACAGCCCCCUGUCAGAGGGCAACCCCGGCAUCCUUGCUGUCAGCCAGCCUAUCAGUUCCCCGGACAUCCUGGUCAAGCUUUACAAACCGCAGUCUCUGUUGGACAAGGCAAAGAUUAACCAGGGGUGGUUGGACUCCUCCAGGUCUCUGAUGGAACAGGAUGUCAAGGAGAAUGAGGUGUUGCUGCUAAGGUUUAAAUACCACAGUUUCUUUGACCUCAACCCAAAGUAUGACGCCAUAAGGGUGAACCAGCUCUAUGAGCAGUCCAAGUGGGCCAUCUUGCUGGAGGAAAUCGAGUGCACGGAAGAGGAAAUGAUGAUGUUUGCUGCGUUGCAGUACCACAUCAACAAGUUGUCCAUUAUGUCGUCAGACAACCAUAUGAAUAACAGCGAGAAGGAGGUGGAUGAAGUGGAUGCCGCCCUCUCCGAUCUGGAGAUCACGCUUGAGGGAGGAAAGACGUCCAACGCCCUGGGUGACAUCACGUCUAUUCCCGAGCUAGCGGACUACGUCAAAGUCUUCAAACCCAAGAAGCUGACAUUGAAGGGGUACAAGCAGUACUGGUGCACGUUCAAAGACAUCACAAUUUCCUGUUACAAAAGUAAAGAAGAAGCGCACGGGACCCCUGCUCACCAAAUGAACCUCAGAGGGUGCGAGGUGACCCCGGAUGUGAACAUAUCAGGUCAGAAAUUCAACAUCAAGCUGCUAAUCCCCGUAGCGGAUGGCAUGAACGAGAUCUGGCUGCGAUGUGACACAGAAAAGCAGUACGCUCACUGGAUGGCCGCGUGCCGCUUAGCGUCGAAGGGGAAGACAAUGGCGGACAGUUCUUACAACCUAGAAGUGCAGAACAUCCUGUCCUUCCUCAAGAUGCAGCACAUGAACCCUGACCCGCAAUUCAUCGAGCCCAUCACCACUGACAUUAACCCAGAGUGUCUUGUGUCGCCACGCUACCUGAAAAAGUACAAAAACAAGCAGCAAGGCUUAAUCAGGGAUUUGAUCUCGGCCCGCAUCCUCGAAGCCCACCAGAACGUGGCCCAGAUGAGUCUAAUCGAAGCUAAGAUGCGCUUCAUCCAGGCGUGGCAGUCACUGCCCGAGUUUGGAAUCACUCACUUCUUGGCUAAGUUCCAGGGCGGAAAGCGUGACGAGCUGAUUGGCAUCACAUACAACCGUCUGAUCCGCAUGGACGCCGGCACCGGGGAUGCUAUCAAGACCUGGCGCUUUAGCAACAUGAAGCAGUGGAAUGUCAACUGGGAAAUCAAGAUGGUGACCGUCGAGUUCGCGGAUGAGCCCAGCCUGUCGUUUAUCUGCGCCGAGGUGGACUGCAAGGUGGUCCACGAGUUCAUCGGCGGUUAUAUCUUCCUGUCCACACGGGCCAAGGACCAGAACGAGACCCUGGACGACGACAUGUUCUACAAGCUCACCAGCGGCUGGGUUUGACGAGCCUCAUGACUAGAACACACUUGUACCAUUCAAUGGACUCGCGCACACUACAAGCUGACUAGUACAAUGUAGUUUUCCUACUAAAGAGGACAAAGAACAUACAUGUACAUGGACCUUACGAUGGCUAUUGAAUAAAUAGUACUUAUUAUAGUAUUUAUUCACUACCCUUGAUUUGCAGAUAUAGUUAAAUUAAGACAAUUUUACAUAGUACUGUUAGAGAACGACCAGGGAGGAACUAGUAGGACAGCUACGAGUUACUAGUUGGCACUUUGGUGCUUCAGGAGGCUAAGCAAGUUCGUUACAUGGGCCUGCAGUUACAGUACAUGGAAAGCCCUCUUUGUUCUCACUCGUAAGACAUACUUCUGCUUGUUUGCAAUGUCCCACAUUACACUUUAUAAAGAUAAAACUUCCUAUCAGUCAUGCUAAUUUAAGAGUUUAUUUAGGCAUGGUUUUCCUUGGUAAAUUGUUAUUUUGAGUAUUGAUAACUCAUUUUAUCAAGUCAAAACUGUUAAUUUGCUAAAAAUGAGUUGCAUUUACUUGAAGUAACAAGUUUGUUGGCAAAAUUAAAAUUCCUGAGGGAACUGAACUUGAAAUGUGAAGUUGUGUGAACUUAGGCCUCUCUCCUGAUCCCAGCAGCAUUGUUAGCUAGGCUGUUUAGCUCAAUUGUCUGUGUGGUGCCCUGUACUAGUAAUUGCACUGCAAAAACACCUCCUUAAAACUAGUUUAAUUCCCUUGUUUUCAGUGUAUAUCCCUCGUAUUGUGUUGGGAUCAGAAUUGACCCGUUUUCAAAUGUUUAUAUGCAAAAAUCAAUGGUACUUUUGACAUACCCAAACUUAAAAACUGGUCAGUCUUGACCCGAAAACAAUAUACUGCAAAUGUUUAGUAUUUUCAGGCCAAGUUCUUUUACAGAUCAAAUUUAAUUCACUAGCAAAAUAUGGGCUGAUUUCUGACACAAGACAAGGGAUAUCUACAAGAAAUAAGUGAAAUUAUCUGCCAGUGCUUCAAGUGCAUUUUACUCAGAUUUCUUCAAAUAAAACUAGCUAUCUGAAAAUAAGUUUAACAGACUUAUUUUAAAUAAUAAAUUAGUACAUAUAGUCUUAAAAUUUGGAAAUGUUCUUAAUUCAAGAAUAGAUAUUUUUCAAAACUUUAUUUGAAAGCAAAUUUGUCUUGAUUUUAGGGCUGCAGCUAUCGAAUAUUUUAGUAAUCGAGUAAUCGACUGAAAAUUCUAUCGAUUAAUCGAGUAAUCGGAUAAAACAAAUAUAUUUUUAGGUGAAGAGCAAUUAUACAUAUACAUGAGAAAACAAGACAUUUCAUCUAAUCUUGAACCAUUUUCAGUCAAUCAAUGUCUUUAUUUUCGUUGUAUAUUGUUGAAAACAGCCAACAAUUGCAUCUCAGGUGUAACUAGAAUAAAAAAAAAAAAAGACUAAUUCACUGCUUUCACUCAAAAAACUUUUAGAUCUUAUUAAUAUAUAUAUAUAUAUCUUACCUAAAAAUGCCGUUACGCUUGAUAACACACAUCACUUAAAAGUUAGGAUUUUUUCCCCACGUGUUUCAAUUGAAUUUCUCAUUGUGUCAAGCCAUUUUUAAGUUCUAGUUAAGUUUUAAGUUAGUCUAAACUGUAAGUCCUGAUAGGAUUUUGAGUUUUUGCAGUGUUCAAAAUAAAUGUAUGAUACAGGCUGUAUUGGAGCACAUUAGGGACCAGUGCUACUUGGUGUUUUAUCCAGCAAUGACUACUGAGCUAAAAUUGAUAGUUAGCAUGAUUACGUUUUUAUUUUACACCCUCAUCACUCCACAAUGCUAUGUUAUGUUAAAGCCUGUAUGUAAGACACGUUAGCCACGCAUCGACAGUGGUCAUAAAUAAUUGAAACCUAGCCCUCCGCAGGGCUAACGUUCCGUGAGCUAGUAGCGACAGUAACGUUAAUCUUAUUUAUUAGCGCUUAGCGCUCUUUAUUAGCGCUCUUUAUUAGCGCUCUUUAUUAGCGCUCUUUAUUAGCGCUCUUUAUUAGCGCUCUUUAUUAGCGCUCUUUAUUAGCGCUCUUUAUUAGCGCUCUUUAUUAGCGCUUAGCGCUGUACUGCUUUAAGAUGGCGGCUGUUUACAAACGCUGCCCAGACGCGGCCGAGUCUGUCAAUGCUCAUCUAGUUCAACAUACAUGUGAUCUCAAUGAGACGCGCCAGACGCUGCCUGUUACCAAUGUAGCAUUGUGCGGGCUAGUAUUUAGCAACGUCGGCGUCGUUUGUGGCGGCUGUCGGCUGCGGUAAGUUUUUUUUUUUUUCCCUUCUUCCUCUCCGCACGUGACAGCGCGUUGUCCCGCAUUAAAAGUAGUCCUAGCAAAACGUGAUGCUUAGAGCUGUCAAAAUAAACGAUUACUCGAGGUGAAUAAAAUUACUCGGAUCAGUUUUUAAACUCGAGUUACUCGAGUUGCUCGAGUACUCGUUUCAGCUCUACUUGAUUUAGGUGAAAAAAAUACUUUUAGAUGUGUUGGCUGUAUAAGAACAAAUAGUAAUAUUUACCUAAAGCAAAUGGAAUAAUCUGACGCAUUAAUCUGUUAACUAGUCUUUAAUACUAAAACAAGAUGGAGAAAAUUAUAUGACUAGAUUUAAGAAAAAUGAUCUGAUUAAGACAUUAUAAAUUUGCAGUGCGCGAUGACUCAAAUUCCAAUCCCGUUUGGAUUAAGUUAUGACAGUAAAUUUAGUACUUCAAUUUAAUUCAGAUUUACCUAUAAUUUAGAGUUCAGACUACUUAACAGAUUUUUUUAGCUAAUAUUCUUGACAUACUGCAGGUCUUAAUGAAGAAUUCAGAUUUUUUUGUCAUGUUUUUUUUUUUUUGGCGUGCCCGUUCAGACUGCCUUUGUCCAUUGAGCUCGUUCAAGUAUUACGCAUGCACACUUAUUCGCAGUCCGAGACGCGCUGAGCAAACUGACCUGCAUGCGCAGUAGCAUCAAAACAAAUAACUAUGCACCGUGCAUGCAUGACGCACAUCAUAUAAUGCCCCGACUCGAGCAUGUAAGGACUAUUGAAAUAUUGCUCAUUUGGCACACAGUAAGAAACCGAGCAUUAGCAGGUUUAUCCUUUUCUUCAUUGUAGUUUCUUAUGGCUGUGUUCAAGCCCGCUUCCUGCGUAGUAAAAUCCGAGUUCAAGCUAGGCGCUAACGCUAAUGACCAGCUACAUCUCUGCCGUCUUGCGUGCCGCUUUCGCUCUAUGCUGACGUAAUUGCUGCAUGAAUUCUGAUUUGGGAGACUUGACAGUUCAGACCGCCGCCACAUUCUGGAAAAAUGUGGCCAAGGUCAGAUUUAAACCACAUACGAAGUGACCCAGAUUGGAUUUGAAAUGGUCCACUUCUAUGCGACUUGUCCCGUUCAGACCGUGAACUUAAUGCCUCACUCGAGUCGAAAAAACACGAAAAAAUCGGAUUCGUGCAUUAAUACCUGCAGUAUGAACCUACCUUAAGUUCACUUUACUUGAAAUGAUUACUUCAAUUUUCGUAACAUAAAUCUUCUGUAAUUUUCGGACUAUAAGGCGCACCUGACUAAAAGCUGCCACCCACCAAAUUUGACACAAAAACAGCAUUUGUUCAAAGAUGAGCUGCACUGGAGUAUAUACCGCAGCUCUCCUUACUGUAUUAUGGGAUAUUUACACCAAAAAUCUUAACCCAUAACACUAUAUUUGACAGUGGCAUCAUAAGACUGUCAUAAAACUAAAUGAACCACUUUAAGAAGCUUAAUUUGCACAUCACUGCUCACUUAAGGGAGACAGUCAACCUCUCCUGCCAACACUGUCAUCCAACAUGCCACCUAGCAUGCAUUGCAGCGCUACAAAUGUAAAUAACAAUCAAAAUUCAUCAAUUAAUCAACUUUAUUUGUAUAGCACAUUUAAAAAAUCCACAAAGGAGUAGAAAAAAAGUGCAAAGUGCUUUACAUACCAUAAAACAGCAAAAUAAGUUAACAUUCAAAGAUAAAAGAAACGCAUAAAAAAUAAAUAAUAAUAAUAAAAAAUAAUAAUAAAUAACAGACGAGGUCAUAAACAGUCACAUUAAAUGCUGAAGAAAAAUGUUUUAAGGCGUGAUUUGAAAUCCGUAAGUGAAAGAGCCUGUCAUGUUUUGUGUUAGUUAUUUCUUCAGUUACUGUUCCAGUUGUUUCAUUAAUUGUUAGUUAUGGUAUUUAGUAACACUUUAUUUGACAGUGGCGCUAUAAGACUAUCAUAAAACCAUCAUACUUAUCCAGUGACACUGCCACGAGCAUUAAUUAAUGCUUAUGACAGGUGUCAUUUUGUGCAAUCAGGCAAAUUAUCUCACUUUUGAAUGGAUGUAAAAGAUCCGAGCUGGACGUAAAGGAAGUUAGUGACGUAGUUUGAGGGAUGACACUUAAUGACAUCUGUCAUGAGCAUUCUUCAAUGAUCAUGAUAGUGUCAUGCCAUGAUUAUGACGAUUAGUGCUGCAACGAUUAAUCGAUUAACUAGAGUAUUCAAUUAGAAAAAAAUAUUCGAACUAAAUUUUGUUGCUUCGAGUAUUCGUUUAAUUGAAGUGGCAUUGUAAUGGUUGAUUUUAAAAGUGUUUGCAUUUAAUUUUACUGAUGAGGGUGGAUACAGUGCCUUCUGGUCUGCCUCUUUUCACAUGGCUGAAUCCAACUGCUCCCUGUUUUUGUUUGAGCUAAUGUUUUUUAAUGCAUUCUUAAUUUAGUUUGUAGGUAUAUUUAGCCAUUUUUUGUGGGAAUAUGUGUCUGAACCACUUGUUAACAGAUUUGUGAAAAAAAAAUUAAAAAAAACUUUAGCAUUUUAUAGCAUUUAAGCUAGCAUACUUUUUCUAUUCAAGUUAGCCAAUUGUUCUUUUGUUGUACACAGAUCCUCGUUUUUUUUUUAAAUUAUAUCGUUUGAGGCUCAGCUCAGGUGUUUUAAUUUUUCAUGUUCCUUAUCCGAUUACUCGAUUAUUCGAACAAACUAGUCCAUCGAUUAAUCGACUACUAAAAUAUUCGAUAGCUGCAGCCCUAAUGACGAUCUUAUGGCAGUCUUUUGACACCGCUGUCAAAGCGUUACCUAUUAACCAAAAUAAAUCAACAAAUAAGCCGCUCUGGACUAUAAACCACAAGAUUCAAAAUGAGGGGAAAUAAUAACGGCUUACAGUCCGAAAAUUACGGUAGUUUACUUUCAAUGUUGGCAUCCUCCAUCUUAACUUUUUAAAAAUCAACUGAAAAAGUUUGAUUUGAAAUUUCAUGUUCUGUUACUUUUUUUUUUUCCAUUUUGGGAAUACUAACAAUGAAAUAGAAAAAUCUCACCUCAUAGGCACACUCAUUUUACUAAUACACAGAAGUGUCUUGCUAGUGAGGACAAAGCAUGUUAGUACUUGGACAAUAGGGUGCAUCAGUAGAAUAUGGUGCUCCAAGGCAAGGGUGCUCACUAUUUUUUGCUCCAAGUUCUACUUUUGAAGGAGACAACCUCCCGCAAUCUACCUAUCCAUCUAAAGUGGGAGGGGGAGACUUCGAGAAAGCUCAGCAGAAAUGUAUGUUGCGAGCUACCAAUGAAAUGACAAAUUGUAAGAAUCCAGAUCAUUUUGACUUUAAGUUGCACACACAACAUAAUUAACUACGUACAUUUUUUUUUGCCCCCUAACCCCAACCAAUAUUUAUAGCGUUGCGAUCGACGUAAUGAGCACCCCUGCUCCAUGGGCUUUCUUCAGCUUCUCUCCCAGGUCCUGAAACCCAACACAUUCUCCUUUAGCACUUGAAUGCCAUAACAUUGAAUUUGGCCAAUUUGGACCACAGGUCAUGCUACCAAACAGUAUAUUUUAUCUUGAGAAAAAAUAUUAUUGAAUAUUGAUAUUUUUUGGUAUAUUUUUUGGUUGUUGUUUUGCAAGUUCUCUCACAAAACAGAUGUCUAAAUAAUCCCAAUAUUACCUCUACCUGUCUCUCACGCCACAUAGUAUUAUUCUUUUUGUGAUUUGUAAUAGAACACACCAGCAAAGGUCAACACCCCGUAAGGAAUUAUGCAAGCAAAAUGAAGUAUUAUUAUUAUUUUUUUGUAACUAAUGUAAAAACACAGCUUUUAUAGAAUUGUACAGUCUUUCCUCUUUGCUUUGAGGGGUAAAUAUGUUUUUUGUUUGCGCGCUCGCGUGUGUGUUCUUAACGUGAUGACUGACUGCAGCUUCUGCUUCCGCUUUUAUCCGUCAUCGCAUUAAAAUGAAAAUAUCAUAAACUCACACAAAUACGUUUCUUUUACUCAAACACUACUUUUGCAGCUUUUUGUCAUUGUCCGAUAAGUGUUUUACGAAAUAUGAAGGAAUUCUCUUCAUGGUUUUUUUUUUUUUUUUUUCGUUCUUGUUUCAGAAACGAUGGUGCAUGUCCUGUUUUGUUAUUGGAGUUAUUUUUGACUGUAAAAAAAAACAAACAAACAUGCAUUUAUUUUAAAAGAAAUAAAACUAAUUUUUAUUUAACGCCUCACUUUUUGCCGAAUUAUUUUGGUUCAGUCAUAUAUUGAAAAAUCAAAAAUCUGAUAUUUUUCAACUUGGAACAAAUAUGACAAGAGUGCUAGGGUGUAGGUUUGGUCUGAACAUUUGUAGGGCCAAAAUUUACCGUAAUGCACAUAAUGUAAACAAUGAUCCAAAUAAGGGACGGCUAUCUUGACUACGUUGUUCCUUGUUUAGCAAGUUUAAUGUUAUGCUAACUCUGAUGCAGAUCAGACCAUAAUCGGAUUUUAAGGGGGAGCCAGGCCCCCCCUGUUGGCCGAAAAGUGUCAUUGCAUGUAAUUGACUUUGCUACAUAUAUACAAGUUGUAAAGCAAUAAAACUGCAACAAAAAUGAAUGAAAUGGAACAAAAAAUAUAUUUUUAUAAUGGGUCAAAAUUAUUUUUUGAACAAAUCAUGUGACUGGCAACUUAGACGGUCAUUUGCUUUGCAUAUUAAAAAAUAAUAAUAAUAAUAAUAAUAAUAGGGGAGGGCAAUUUUAUUUUACAAAUGAUUUUUUUCUUUGAUUGAAUUUUUUUUUUUUUUUUUUUUUUUAUUGAAGCAAUUUUUUUGGGGCUUAAAUGAUUUAGUCACAAAUGUCCUACCCAAUAAUAUGGCCCAAACACAAAAAGGAUUGCUUCAAUCAAAGAAAACUUUUUCGGUACAAAAUUAAGUGUUCAAAUGCAAGUUUUUCAAUCUCACAUAUUUUUUCGCAUUCAAAAAACAUUUUCCAUGUUUGAAAUUUUUCUUUUUUUUUUUUUUGAUUGAAGUAAUUUUUCUUUUUGAAAAUAUAUAUAUUUUUUGAAGCAACUUAUUUUUUGAUUGAAUAAUAAAGACAAACAUGCCCUUGCCGAAAUGUGGCCCAAAAUCAAAUCAACAUUACU